AUGGUGUACACCAUGAACAUCCACACCGAUGGUGGAUGCAGAGGUAACGGAACAGCGGACGCGAUCGGAGCAGCUGCGGCUGUUUUUAGGAACAAAUGGGGGCGCUACAACAAACGCCUUGUGAAGGCAUUAGACGCAUCUCCUCGACCAACAAGUCAACGCGCUGAGCUCGAAGCGAUCAUCCUCGCACUCCGGCUAGCCUUGGCGCGGAAUGAAGGGCUCAACAACGAGCCGCGCCUCCGAGUGACAAUCUAUUCAGAUUCAAAAUAUGCGGUCAAAUGUAUGACUCGGUGGAUUCCUAAGUGGAUCCGCAAUGGUUGGCAGAAUUAUGCGAAGAGGGAUGUUGUGAAUCGAGAUCUCAUGGAGGAAGCUUGGGAUCUUAAUGGCAGACUGAGAGAUGAAGGAAGGGUUGAGUAUGUCUGGAUUCCGCGAGAGGAAAAUGUUUAUGCGGACAAUCUGUGCAAUAAGAACAUGGAUGAGCAAUACUAG